AUGGAGCGCGGGAAGAUGGCGGAGCUGGAGAGCCUGGAGACGGCGGCGGAGCACGAGCGCAUCCUGCGCGAGAUCGAGAGCACCGACACGGCCUGCAUCGGCCCCACGCUCAGGUCUGUCUAUGAUGGAGAGGAACACGGUCGUUUCAUGGAAAAGCUGGAAGCGCGGAUCAGAAACCACGAUCGGGAGAUUGAGAAAAUGUGCAACUUCCAUUACCAGGGCUUUGUGGAUUCCAUCACGGAGCUGCUCAAAGUCAGGGGAGAAGCCCAAAAACUGAAGAACCAGGUGACCGACACCAACCGAAAGCUGCAGAACGAAGGGAAAGAACUGAUAAUAGCGAUGGAGGAGCUGAAACAGUGCCGCCUGCAGCAGAGGAAUAUCUCGGCCACGGUUGAUAAGCUGACACUGUGUCUUCCUGUCCUGGAGAUGUACAGCAAGCUGCGAGAGCAGAUGAAAUCCAAAAGGCAUUACCCUGCGCUGAAGACCCUGGAGCACCUGGAGCACACGUACCUGCCCCGCGUGAGCCACUACCGCUUCUGCAAGGUCAUGGUGGACAACAUUCCCAAGCUGCGCGAGGAGAUCAAGGAGGUUUCCAUGUCGGACCUCAAGGAUUUCCUGGAGAGCAUCCGCAAGCACUCGGACAAGAUUGGAGAGACGGCAAUGAAACAGGCACAGCAGCAAAGAAACCUGGACAAUAUUGUAUCACAGCACCCCAGGAUAAGUGGCGGAAAGAAGUCCAAGAAAGAAGCCUGCGCAAGCUCAGAGCUGGAGGUAAAAAACACUAGCCCCAUGUCUGAGCAGGAUUCGGGUAUCCUGGAUGUUGAAGAUGAGGAUGAGGAUGAAGAGGUGCCGGGCGCUCAGGACUUGGUGGACUUCUCUCCCGUGUAUCGAUGCCUGCACAUAUACUCCGUGCUGGGAGCCCGCGAGACCUUUGAGAACUACUACAGGAAGCAGCGGAGAAAACAAGCUCGCCUGGUCCUGCAGCCCCCCUCCAACAUGCACGAAACGCUAGACGGCUACAGGAAGUAUUUCAAUCAAAUUGUAGGGUUUUUUGUAGUCGAAGAUCACAUCYUGCAUACGACCCAGGGCCUGGUAAACAGAGCCUACAUUGAUGAGCUGUGGGAGAUGGCCUUAUCCAAGACGAUCGCGGCGCUGAGAACGCACUCGUCCUACUGCUCUGACCCAGGCCUGGUGUUGGACUUGAAGAACCUCAUUGUCCUCUUUGCAGACACGCUCCAGGGAUAUGGCUUCCCAGUGAACCAGCUCUUUGACAUGCUGUUGGAAAUCCGAGACCAGUACAGUGAAACCCUGCUGAAGAAAUGGUCAGGAGUUUUCAGAAAUAUACUUGAUUCGGAUAACUACAGCCCCAUCCCGGUAACAGAUGAAGAGAUUUAUAAGAAAAUAGUUGGACAGUUCCCGUUCCAGGAUGCUGAGCUCGAAAAGCAGCCGUUUCCAAAGAAGUUCCCCUUCUCCGAGUUUGUGCCUAAAGUUUACAGUCAGAUCAAGGAGUUCAUCUACGCUUGCCUCAAGUUCUCCGAGGACCUUCACCUGAGCUCCACGGAAGUCGAUGACAUGAUCAGAAAGUCGACCAACCUGCUGCUGACGCGGACGCUGAGCAACUCUUUGCAGAACGUCAUCAAGAGGAAGAACGUGGGGCUCACCGAGCUUGUACAGAUCAUUAUUAACACAACCCAUUUGGAGAAAUCCUGCAAGUUCCUAGAGGAAUUCAUAACCAAUAUCACUAAUGUACUUCCAGAAACUGUGCACACCACGAAGCUCUAUGGAACCACAACCUUCAAGGAUGCUCGCCAUGCCGCAGAGGAAGAGAUUUAUACUAACCUGAAUCAGAAGAUAGACCAGUUCGUGCAGCUGGCAGAUUACGACUGGAUGGCCAUGGAACCGGGCAGCAAAGCCAGCGACUACCUGGUGGAUCUCAUCGGCUUCCUGCGCAGCACCUUUGCUGUGUUCACCCACCUCCCGGGGGACGCAGAUGCCCACUCGACCAUGUCGGGGAAGGUGGCGCAGACGGCGUGCAUGUCGGCGUGCAAGCACCUCGCCACGUCGCUGAUGCAGCUGCUGCUGGAGGCCGAAGUGCGGCAGCUCACGCUGGGCGCCCUGCAGCAGUUCAACCUGGACGUGGAGGAGUGCGAACAGUUUGCCAGAUCCGGCCCAGUGCCUGGGUUCCAAGGGGACACGCUGCAGUUGGCCUUCAUCGACUUGAGACAACUCUUAGAUCUGUUUAUCCAGUGGGACUGGUCGACGUAUCUGGCCGACUACGGGCAACCCACGUGCAAGUACCUUCGCGUGAACCCCACCACGGCCCUUGUCCUGCUGGAAAAGAUGCGGGACACGAGCCGCAAGAACAACRUGUUCGCCCAGUUCCGCAAGAACGAGCGGGACAAGCAGAAGCUCAUCGACACCGUGGCCAAGCAGCUGCGCGGCCUCAUCAACAGCCACCACUCGUGAAGGCGCCGAGACCUCCCCGCCGCGCUCGGCCUCCGCCGCGCUCGGCCUCCUUGCUCCGAGAGAGCACCCGUGUUUUCCUAUCCGCCUCUGUAGCCUCCACGAAACCUCCCUUCCUGACACACGGCCUCGCGCAGCAAGCAGGGAAGGAGGGCGAGCCAGGCUGGGCGCCGCCGGCACAAGCUCCUAUUUUCAGGGGGCUGUAAGGCUGCAGGCUCGCAGGGAGUUUCAUACCCACGCUGUUAUUAAUGAUUAUUUUGUGCAAGCCAAAUUCGAAGCAUCAGCUCAACUUUCCUUUGUUAAGUUAUUCAACUGCAGAACGAACGAAAGCAAAUAUAUAUAUAUAUAUGUUGGAAGCAGCCGCGGUUUCCCAUUCUUUCCACUGGCUCCAGUGAAACAACACACAUUGGGGUCGCUUGUUAGCCUGCCUUGCAAAUUAGCGCGUUGGUUUUGUGUGGGAAGAGGGGCAAAAUGAAUUCCCAACCUUUCUCUUUCAUUUUAUUUAAUUUUCUUCCCCCUGCCGGUAAGGGCUGSUUUGCACCGUAGCUUGCAGAUGCCUUGCUGCACCGCGAGGACCUGCUGUUGUCUUCUGUACCCAUGCCACAUGCAACGGGGCUCACGAGUGGCCUCAUUAAACACGSAUAGACAGUGCGAGUCUGGAGCUAAAUCCUUCUGCAUCCGCCCGGGGGAAUCAGCACCAACAUCCUGGAUGGUCCCAAAGCAGAGCAGCGGCAGCAGCCAACUCAGCCUGGUUCCACCGAGCCUAAGGACCAGCUUCUCCUUGCACUGGAGGUGCCCAAACAUCAUCCCCUCCGAGCAAGGCACCCGGUGAGGACAACCCUGCUGCUAUCAGGGCACUUUGUGGGUUUUGAGUUAUGCAGAGAGGGGACUUUUGCCCUUUUCUUUACCCUUCUGACCCUAAUUACUGCAGAUGGAAGCUUAUCCAGCUGGUUCCCCCACCUGCCGAGCCCCAAUGCCGUAUUGAAGGGAAUUAAAGUCUCCAGUGUGUACAUAAGCACCCUGGCCAUGCUGGAUCCUCCUGGAUCCGACUGUUUUUUUUUUAACAUCAAAUGCACCAGAUUGUCCUCACCCAACAUCACUCCUGGAGGAGGUCAGUAAACCUUCUCUAACCUUCCAGGCGAGGUUUGUUCUUCUCAGACUCCUUCCACACCGUAGAAGGACAGGGCUGCUCUCAACGCUGCUGUGUCGUGACGCUUCCUUCUUGCACCUCGGCCCUUUCCUUCCUCACCAGAUGCACUUUUUGCUUUGGGGCUCUUACUCGGGGAGCAAUUCUGACUGCUCUGAAGACCUGAAGGGGAUGGUGCUUUAUUUUCCCUCCUCCUUCCUCAGCAAUACAUUUUWAAAAAWAWAUAUAUAUAAGGGUACAUGGUACUUAACCCUGGAAGUAAAUAGGCACAUUGGAAGCAAUGAACUUUUGCCCCAUCAAAGCAAUCUCCAAACAUGAGGACCAAUGGAUGGGAUAUUCUCGUUGAUGACAGGGAAGACCAAAUGUUGGAAGAUGGCUUUAUGGUUCUUCUCUUUGAUGGGGGAAUCAGUGGGCACUUUUGGUUUAACCCRUAAAGUACCUACAAGAAGGAUGGAGGAAAAAGAAGCAGGUGACGGAAAGUUGACCAGAAAGGGCUCAGCCUUGGUGGAGAUGUCCCCACAUAAGCCCACAAGUGCUUGCACUCAAGACAGAGUGAAGUGAAGAAGCAAAAUCAGUUGACCCCCAAUGGCGACUUCUUUUCAGCUCUCUGCAAGGCCAGCGCCUCCCCAUAACCAUGAAGUUGGCCACCUACCCAUUGGUGAGAAGGUCCAUGCAGCUCCUUGGUGGUGGGGUACCCAUCCCCACCACCUGGCAAGGUGGAGACCCCAUGGAGAAUCCAUGGAAGGAGAACCACCCUCACCACCUGGCAAGGCAUCUUGCUGGCCGUGGGGAAGCCAUUGGUGCCCCUGCUGUCUCCCAUGGAACAGUGUGGACCACAGGACCUCCUUCCCAUCUCCUGGUGAUGCCACCACAGGAUAGAGGGGCCAUAGCAUCAAUAAGAGAAGUGAGGGCAAAACCAGGCAGAAUGAGCUGCUCAGCAAGUCACCUCAGCCUCCUCCAAGCCAUCAAGGUCCUACCAAGAGCCUGAAACCAAUCCCAAGAUAGCUGGUGGUGACCAUAACAUGGGAAGCUUCAGUCCGCGGGGCGCUCGCGCUAAGGGCCAUUAAAUAAAUAGUAAGAAGCACUUUAAAAUACUUCAAGCUGCUACGGAGGCUGGYGACGGCCGAGCAUCCGCAAGCUCCACACACGGCAUCUCCGGGGAUUUAUUAGCGGGAGGCUGGGCUGUCAAACACGAUCCUGAGCCGCGUUCGUCAGCGGCGCUGCAGCCUUCGCCGCCGUUCCUGCCGUCCCGCACGGGUCUCCUCCCGCUGCCAUGGGUUUCCCUGUGGCUCCUCAUGCCGAGGCCGUGCCGAGCRCCGGGAAUGGCACGGAGAGGGCCCGAGAGUUUCCGAUUCCGGGAGGUCAGGCAGCCUUAACCGCAAGUCACAUCACGGGGGUGAAAAAUGGAAUUUUGGUGCUCUGUUCCCAAUUAACUUCUGUUCCAAGAGAUGCCGUUCCAUCCCUUCAAAAUAGCAUUAAUCCUUUAAACGGAUCGUCUAGAAAGCCCUGCAAGACAUUUAAAACCCCCUGUAAACCUCCUGCUAAUGAUGGGUGUCCUCUGGUGCGGCUGGGAUUGCUUAGGA